AUGGCGACUCCCAACAAUAUUACUCCCACAAACUGCAGCUGGUGGCCCAUUUCAGCGCUGGAGAAUGAUGCAGGCAAAUCCAUGGAGGUUGAGGAGAAUCAGGAUCCAGCACACCCUGCCUUCAGGUCCAAGGACAGGCUGGUUCUGUAUCACUGGACUCAAUCCUUCAGCUCACAGAAGAAGUUUCAAGUUCGUCUGGUCAUUGCAGAAAAAGGGAUACCUUGUGAAGAACGAGAUGUGAGCCUGCCCUUGACUGAGCACAAAGAACCUUGGUUUAUGCGCCUCAAUCUUGGGGAAGAAGUACCUGUCAUCAUCCAUGGAGAUAAUAUAAUCAGUGACUACAAUCAAAUAAUUGACUACAUGGAGAAAAACUUCACAGGAGAGCACGUCAUCCAGCUAGUUCCUGAGAACGGAAGCCUCCUUCAUUCACGAGUAAUGCAGUAUAGAGAAAUCCUAGAUUCCUUGCCCAUGGAUGCCUACACUCAUGGAUGCAUUCUUCACCCAGAACUCACCACAGACUCCAUGAUUCCAAAGUAUGCUACAGCUGAGAUUCGCAGACAUUUAGUUAAUGCCAGCUCAGAUCUGAUGAAGUUGGAUCAUGAUGAAGAUGAUGAUGCACAACUAACGGAACCAUACCUUUCCAAACAGAAGAAACUUAUGGCCAAAAUUCUGGAGCACGACAAUGUGAACUAUCUGAAGAAAAUCCUGGGAGAUCUGGGAAUGGUGCUAGAUCAAAUUGAAGCUGAACUGGAGAAGAGAAAAAUUGAAUAUCAAGGGCAGAAAUGUGAACUCUGGCUUUGUGGAUGUGCAUUCACCUUGGCUGAUGUUUUGCUGGGAGCCACAUUACACCGCCUCAAGUUCCUAGGACUCUCAAAGAAAUACUGGGAAGAUGGCAGCAGACCCAACCUACAGAACUUCUUUGAAAGGAUACAAAAACGUUUUGCCUUCAGGAAAGUCUUGGGGGACAUCCAUACUACUCUCCUCUCAGCAGUGGUACCCAAUGCAUUCAGGCUGGUCAAACGGAAACCUCCAUCCUUUUUUGGGGCCUCCUUCCUCAUGGGAUCUCUAGGGGGGAUGGGAUAUUUUGCUUAUUGGUAUCUAAAGAAAAAAUAUAUCUAG